AUGCUCCAGAACUUCCUUGCAAUGGUGAAGAACAAGUUCCAGAGAGCUUCAGCUAUGCUGAUGACUGACAAUGGGGGCGAGUACUGCUCACACGAGAUGCAAACUCUCCUGGCGAAGGAGGGAAUUGAACAUUUCACUUCUGUCCGCUGCCUGACGUGGAGGGUCCUCUCUGCCUUCCUCUUCUUCCUCUCGGAGGAUCUUCUCCCGUUCUUUCUCCGCAGGGGAGGCUGUCUCUCCUGCCGCCUCCGGGGACCAGUGAGCUUCGAUGAGGUGUCUGUGCAUUUCACCAACGAGGAAUGGGCCUUGCUGGAUCCGGGACAGAGAGCUCUGUACGAGGAAGUCAUGGAGGAGAUUCGUGAGAUGAUGGCAUCUGUGGGAGAUGUUUGGAGGAUCCUGACUGAAGGCGAAACAUCAGAAGUGCAACGUGAAAGAGUGGAGGAGCGGAAGGAGCAACGGAAACUGCUGGUUCAAGUUGGAAGCAACAGAAAAGAGGGGACCCAAAUGGAGAAGGUGGGGAGGGAAUCCACUGCUGCUCAGGUUAAUGAGAAUGAAAUCCACAGAGAGAAGUAUGAAUGUACUGUGUGUGGAAAGAGGUUUCCUUAUCGCUCAGUGCUUACUUCACAUCAAAGAGUGGACUUGGGUGAAAAGCCAUAUAAAUGCUGGGAUUGUAGAAAAAGCAAUAUGCAUCAUACAACCCACACAGGGGACAAGCCGUAUGAAUGCUUGAAGUGUGGAAAGAGCUUCCGUCAGAGGAGCACCCUCACUAGACAUAAAAGAACUCAUACAGGGGACAAGCCGUAUGAAUGCUUGAAGUGUGGAAAGUGUUUCUCUCAGAGCAGCAGCCUCACUGUACAUCAGAGAACUUAUACAGGGGACAAGCUGUAUGAAUGCUUGGAGUGUGGAAAGAGCUUCCAUCAGAGGAGCACCCUCACUAGACAUAAAAGAACACAUGCAGGUGAAAAACCUCACAAAUGUUUGGACUGUGGGAAGGGCUUCAGGCACAAAGGCACCCUCACGAAGCAUCAAAGAAUUCAUACAGGGGACAAAUCUCAUGAGUGUUUGGAGUGCGGAAAGAGCUUCAAUCGCAAAGACUCCCUUACUUUGCAUCAAAGAAGUCACACAGGAGAAAAGCCUUAUAAAUGCUGGGAAUGUGGAAAGAGCUUCCGUGAGAGUGGCUCCCUUACUCGGCACCAAAGAACUCACACAGGGGAAAAGCGUUAUCCAUGUUUUGAAUGUGGAAAGAGCUUCAGUCAGAGUUGCCACCUUAUUGAUCAUCAAAGUACUCAUACGGAGGAGAAUCCUUAUAAAUGCUUUGAGUGCGACAAGAGUUUUCGUCACAUUAGCUCCCUAACUAAGCAUCAAAGAACUCAUAGGGAAACAUCUUAGAAGGG